UAUAUAAAUUGGAGAGCGAGGGGAGAUCUAUAAAGUGUGCAGUUAGUGGGAUCGGUGUAACACGGUCCUGUAAGGGCAGAGAGCGCAGCGCUGCACAACCAUGAUCGAUUCUGUGGAAACCCUGCAUGUAGUGGCUCGCUGCUUUCAAAGAGCCGUUCAAAAACUUUUGAACGGUUUUUCAUUAUUUAUUCAGUGUUAAGAAGAUCGCAUUUUUAUUUUUUGACUCCACCACCUCUAGGUCAUUUAGACCAAAACAGCAACUGAUUACGCGCUUCAAAAUAGCAGCCUACAGUCUUCUAGGCUACUGUUCUCGAAUAAUCUUUCAAGUGGGUGACUACACUAGUAGGCGAAUUUUCUUUCAACAUGUUUGGCUUCAGCAAAGUCCAAAGCCAGAGCCGGACUGUGAGUAGUAGUAGUAGUGGGGCUACUGUGUAUGGCUCGCGGCUACGGAGACACCACUAUCCCACUGCACGCGCAUCCGCACCUGACGGCCCGCAGGCCAGCUCGCGCCUCUUCCUCGCCUUCAUCCUGCUGCUACUCACGCUCACGCCGCGCGUGGACUCCUCUUGGUGGUAUAUCGGUGCGUUGGGGGCGCGUGUGAUCUGUGACAACAUCCCUGGGCUGGUGAAUAAGCAGAGACAGCUCUGCCAGAAACAUCCAGAUAUCAUGCAGAGUAUUGGAGAAGGAACCAAGGAGUGGGUUCGGGAAUGCCAGCACCAGUUCCGCCACCACCGAUGGAACUGCUCGACUCUGGAGAGGGACCACACCGUCUUCGGACGCCUCAUGCUGCGCAGUAGUCGUGAGGCUGCGUUCGUGUACGCCAUCUCGUCGGCUGGGGUGGUGUACGCCAUAACGCGCGCCUGUAGCCAGGGCGACCUGAAGGCCUGCAACUGCGACCCACUGAAACGCGGCCGAGCCAGCGACGAGCAGGGAGAGUUCGACUGGGGAGGCUGCAGCGACAACAUCAACUACGGGAUCAAGUUUGCCAAGGAGUUCGUAGACGCCAAAGAGAGGUCCGUCAAGGACGCGCGUGCCCUCAUGAACUUACACAACAACCGCUGUGGACGCAUGGCGGUGAAGCGUUUCUUGCGUCUGGAGUGUAAGUGUCAUGGCGUGAGCGGCUCGUGCACUCUGCGUACGUGCUGGUUGGCCAUGUCGGACUUCCGCAAGACGGGCGACUUCCUGCGCCGCAAGUACAACGGCGCCGUGGAGGUGACGCUCAAUCAGGACGGAUCGGGAUUCACCACAGCCAAUCAGGACUUCCGGAAGGCCACCAAGAACGACCUGGUCUACUUCGAGAACUCGCCGGAUUACUGCUUGAUGAACAAGGCGGCAGGCUCACUGGGCACGGCAGGGCGUGUGUGUAACCGCUCGUCGCGGGGCACCGACGGCUGUGAGGUCAUGUGUUGUGGGCGGGGCUACGACACCACGCGCGUCAAGCGCGUCACCAAGUGCGAGUGCAAGUUCAAGUGGUGCUGCGCCGUGGAGUGCAAAGACUGCGAAGAGGCCGUGGACAUACACACCUGCAAAGCCCCCAAACGCACUGAGCGGCUCGACCAGACCUGAACUCUGUGUUAAUGUGUGUGUGUGUCUCUGUGUGUGUGUGUGUGUAUGUGUGUGUGUGUGUGUGUGUGUGUCUGCGCGUGUGUCUACUUACACACAUGUUCGGCCCCCAACCCUCCAAUCAGCUAUGGAUCUAAAAUCCAGCAAUAUAACCCAACAACCCAGCAAUAUAUCUCAACAACCCAACAAGAUAACCCAA